AUGAGACUGUUGUAGUGGGUGAACCUGUGUAUCUUUGUUGCAGCAGUCCACUCCCUGCAGUACUUCUACACUGCAGCCUCAGGUAUUCCAGGCUUCCCAGAGUUUGUGUCAGUGGGGAAGGUGGAUGGAGAGCCUUUCUCUUACUAUGACAGCAACAUCCCCAGAAUGAUUCCCAAGCAGGAGUGGGUAGAAGAGGCAAUGCACACAGAGUACUGGAAAAUAAACACACAGAUCUCCAUUGCUGAAGAGAAUAUUUACAAAUCGGACAUCAAAAUUUUAAAGAAACGCUUUAAUCAGACAGGAGGUGCCCACACCUUUCAGAAGAUGUAUGGCUGUGAGUGGGAUGAUAAAACUGGCAGCACAUAUGGGUAUAAUCAGUAUGGAUAUGAUGGAGAAGACUUCCUUACCUUGAAUAUGGAGUCUAUGUUGUGGAUCGCCCCAGUUCAAGAGGCAUUCUACACUAAAAUUAAGUGGGAUUCAGACAGUGCACUAUCUCACCAUCAAAAGACGUACUUCACUCAAGAAUGCAUUGAGUGGCUGAAGAAGUAUGUUAACUAUGGGCGAAGCAAACUGGAGAGGAAAGUCCCUCCUGAGGUGACCCUGUUACAGAAGGACCCCUCCUCUCCUGUAACCUGUCACGCCACGGGCUUCUACCCCAGAGGGAUCGUGGUGUCCUGGCAGAAAAAUGAAGAGGAUCUGCAUGAGGAUGUGGAGCUGGGAGAGACACUGCCCAAUGAAGAUGGAACAUUCCAGAUCAGAAGCUCCCUGAGAGUCUCUCCAGAGGACAUGAAGAUGCAUAAAUACACCUGCACUGUGCAACACUCAAGCCUUCAGGAGGACGUUGUCAAAAGUCUGAAUGAAGAUCAGGAGAAUUUCCUUCCUGUUGCUGUUAUCAGUGUUGUGGUAGCAGCUCUUCUGAGUGUGAUUGCUGUGGUUGGGUUCCUUGUGUGGAAGAGAAAGUCUGGUUACAGCAAAUCAAACCUGGAGUCAGCAGCAGCAGCAGUCUGGAUCUAA